AGCAACAGUAUCAACUGCAGUACCACCAGCAACAAUAUCUGCAGGACCAUCAGAUAUAUUAUAAAAUAGUAUUUAAAAUCAGUUGUCAGCCACAUGUGGUCUAUAUGAUGCAACAUGUUUGCAAUUGUUGGCAUGUCAUUUAAAAAUAUGUAACUAAUUUUGCUUUUCAAUAUUACCAUUAAUAUGACUUUUAAAAUAAUAAAAUUUUUUAUUUGUUUCAAAAAAUACUGUUUUAUUACUUACAAUAUAGUAUGUUAUUACAAGAUACUUCUGGCUUUUUCUCUGUUUCAAACCAGUUUAGUUAUAUCUUUUGUUCACAAAUUUUAUUAGAUGCUAUACACAUAGUUUCAUAGGUUUAAACUGAUAAAUAGCACUUUAUUGUUUUUGUUCAUUUUAGAUUAGUAUAGCAAAAAAUUAUUAAGAUAAAGUUUUAUCAAACAUAAAUAAUUUCUCAAUUAUGUCAAGUAACCUAAGAGCUGAAAAUAGAAGAAAUCGUCGAAAUGAAAGAAAUGAGGCCAGACGAGAAGAAAUUAAUCGUUGCCAAAAUGAGAGAAAUGAGGCCAGACGAGAAGCAAUUAAUCGUCGCCAAAAUGAAAGAAAUGAGGCUAGGCGAGAAGAAAUUAAUCGUCGCCAAAAUGAAAGGAAUGAGGCUAGACGUGAAGAAGUUAAUCGUCGCCAAAAUGAAAGAAAUGAGGCUCGACGAGUAUUAUUUAGGCGUGAAAUGCAUUGCAUAGCAAGAAAUAAUGUUUUUAUAGAGAGUAAUUACCUAGGAGAAAUGAACCAUAAUUGUCAGUAUUGUGGUGCUAAAAAAUUUUUAAAUGAAACACAUUUUUUGUGCUGCCAUUCGGGAAAGGUUGUCUUACCUCCACUUUCACCUUAUCCACCGCUGAUGGUUGAUUUAAUGACAGGCAACCAUGUUGAUCGUGCUUUGAAUCAAAAUUUUUUCAAGCAUAUACGAAAUUAUAAUGCCUGUCUAUCUUUUGCUUCAUUCAUAGCCACAAUAGAUCCUCCGUCAAAUCGUGGUCCACCCUGUUUUAGAAUUAGUGGGCAAAUUAUGCAUCGUAUUGGUAAUCUAAGACAUCAGCAAGGGGAUCCACCUGCUUAUUGUCAAUUAUAUGUUUAUGAUCCUAAUACUGCUUUAAACUUUCGAAUGGAGCAAAAUGAUUGUUGCAUACGUGAGUUAAUGGAACUUUUGCAGACUAUAAUUAAUCAGGAGAACCCAUAUGCGCUUGCAUUUAAAAACAUGGCAGAAGUUGAAGAUGCAGAAAUUCGUCAAGCUGCUAUAGAAGGUCGACCGAUUUCUGUUGUCAAAAUGUCGUUGCUUGAGGGUUGUGAUAGACGUCGAUACAAUCUUCCAUCACAUGAAGAGGUUGCCAUUGUGUUUGUAGGAAAUGAUGGUGCUCCACCUCCAUCUAGAGAAGUUGUUAUUUAUCCUCGAGGUCAACCCUUAAAAACAAUUUCAAGUAUGUCUGCAAAUCUAGAUCCAAUGAUAUAUCCAAUAUUUUUUCCAAGAGGUGAUGCAGGAUGGCAUGAUCAACUAGAGCACAAUCCUGACCGAGCAACACGUGUUCGAAAUCGUGUUACUUUAUCUCAGUACUACAACUAUAGGCUUUCUAUUAGACAAACGUUCAGUCCUAUAUUUUAUGGUAAGAAACUUUUUUAA